UAUAAUCCACCAUUCCCCACUCUCUUUUUUUCUCUCUCCUACUACUACAACUUUCAUCUACUGUAAAACAUUGUUUUCUCCUUCCUUCUCUAGACCAAAAUUUUUUUUCUUAUAAAAAUGGUGGAUGAGUUUAUGGUAUGCGUGGAUAGGAUCAUAAUAACAACAACAUGUUUUGGAGAUUCACAACAAAGUCUUUUGACUAAUGUUGUUGAUGGUACAACAAAUGAUACAAAUUUGAAUGUUGCAAAAACAGUUCAUAAUAUUAAGAAUAAUAGUGUUAAUGGUGAGGGUUGUUCAAAGGGCAGUGUUGUUAGAGAGUGUAGAAUUUGUCAAGAAGAAGAUGAAGAAAAUGAUAUGGAAACUCCUUGUGCUUGCAAUGGAACACUCAAGUUUGCUCAUAGGAAAUGUAUUCAGAGAUGGUGCAACAAAAAAGGAGACAUCACCUGUGAAAUCUGUAACAAGGUCUUUUCACCAAAUUAUACCCUUCCACCUGCAAGGAGCAACCCUGAUGUAAUGGCAAUUGAUAUCAGGCAAGCAUGGGGACCAGGCAUGGAUAUUAGAAAUCCUCAUUUUCUAGCUUUUGCUGCAGCUGAGCGUGAAUUCCUGCAAUCAGAGUAUGAUGAUUAUGCUAUUGCUAGCAGUGGGAGUCUAGUUUGUUUCCGCUAUGUUGCAAUUAUUUUGAUGCUACUCUUGCUGAUACGCCAAACCUUGAUGGUCACAAGGGACUUCGCUAUGGUGCAAGACUCAUCUUCAUUCUUCAAUUUUCAGAUUUCACUUCUUCAGCUGGCAGCUUUCCUCCUCCCUUGUUAUGUAAUGGCUCGGACAUGGUACAUGAUACAAUGCCGAAGGAGGAGGCAGGGUUAAGAUGGAGCCGUGUUUGGUAGCAUGCCCUUUGCAGCCUUUGUCUCUCUGAUGUCUCUUAUGGGCGACAAUGCUGCUGUACAUCAACCUCUCUUUCGACAGAUACCUGUAUUUAUCUUCCAAGGUGCAAUGUUAAGUUAGCACUUUGGUUCUGCAAAUCGCCUUAGCUCUUUGAGCUCUACAUAUAAGCUCUGCCUUAGUUUCUCCUUAGCCGUGAACUCGUAAGCAAAUGUAAAUGUGACGAUUUGAGUUCGCAGGCUGUUUUUAUCACCAUGUUCUGUAAUCUAAGUUAUUGGAUGUCAUCAAAACAAUUGGCAAUCCAUUUGAAAUUUCUAAUGGAACAGUAAGAGUUAUCUGCA